AUGGAGGACAAACAAAGCACAGAGCAAAGCCCAAAGAAGAAGACUGAGAUCGUCAGAUACCCCUUUCACCGACAGCCUCCCUGGACCCUCAGCACUUUGUUUGCUGUGCAGCAUGUGUUGGUGCAGGCGGCCCUCGUACAGACUAUCCACUGCCUCCUCAUUGAUGCCCUCCCAUCGGACCAGCAUGCUCGCCAACAUGGCUACCAAUUCAUGGCCACCAGCCUCUUCGCCUCUGGCAUCUCCACUCUGCUGCAAACCACCCUGGGCUGCAGAUUACCACUAAUCCAGGCCCCAUCUUUUGAAUAUUUGAUCCCUGCUGUGAUCCUCGCUUCAUGUCCCAUGGAAACCAACAGCUCCCAUCGUAAUGGUACUGAGGUGGCCAGGCUCUGUGAAGGGACCCCGUGCUCAGAGACAGACAUCACCCUGCAGACAUGGAAGUACACCCUUUGUGAAGUACGUGGUGCAGUUAUUGUUUCGGGAAUCCUGCAAGUGUUCCUGGGAUUGUCGGGGCUGCAGGGCCUGACAUCACAGCAUUGUGGGCCCAUGGUGUUGGCUCCCAUGCUCUCAAUAAUCGGCCUGUCUUGUUAUAAGGAGGCGGCACAUUUCAGCUCAUCGCACUGGGGCGUUACUGCUCUGUUGAUACUCCUGGUUGUGCUUUUGUCCCAGCACCUGCAAUCCUGUUACAUCCCUAUUUGGAGCUGGAAGAAAUCCAAAGGCUUUGCUAUUUUGACCUACUUCCCGUUAUUCAGGAUAUUUUCGCUCUUGCUGCCAAUCCUGUUUCUGUGGGUUUUGUGUGGGACCCUGCGGGAAGGAAACGUCUUGAACCCUUAUCCGGCUGGUGGAUACCGAGGGAUUCUUCGCAAUAACAGCACCAGCCUGGUGCCCUGGUUCAGCAUCCCGAACCCAGGUGGGUGUGGUGCGCCCACAAUCAACUUUCGUUCAGCGUUCAUCGGCGUCACCAUGGCCUUGGGCACCAGCAUCAGCUCCUUAGGAUGCUACGUGAUGUGCGCAAAAGUAACAGGGUCCCUGCACCCCCCUAGAGACUCCUUCAACCGAGGGAUUUGUUUGGAAGGCAUUGGAAGCUGCAUUGCCGCUCUCUUAGGAGGAGUCACCUCAGCAUCGUCCAGCAUCCCCAACGUCGGAGCUUUGGCCCUGACGCAAGCAGAAUCCCGACAUUCGGUUCAGAUCACAGCUGUGCUGUGCAUUCUGGUGGGAAUGUCUGCCAAGCUGACGUAUUUCCUCACCACCAUGCCAGCUGCCAUUCACGGUGGCGUGCUCAGUGUUACAUACACAAUGGCUGUGUCUGUUGGAGUCUCAUAUUUCCAGUAUACUAACAUCGAUUCUGGACGGAACAUCUUCAUCAUUGGAUUUACCAUGUUCAUGGCACUACUCACCCCUCAUUGGUUCAUCCACAAUCCAGAUUACAUUGUAACAGGUGUACGGAGCCUGGACAUCUUCCUCCUGGCCCUGUUGAUGAUGCCAGUCAUUCAAGGAGGAUUUCUAGCCUUUCUGCUGGAUAACACUGUUUCAGGUGAACUUGCAAACCUUACUGAUGUCAGUGGACUUUGUGCAGUAUUGGCUCUGGCUGAUGCGAAUGCGGAGUCACUGGUUAUAUUAUAA